CGGGCUUUGGGGCCCGAGUCUGCACCCGGGAGAGGCAGUCCGGCCACUUCGGGCCUUUCUCGCUCUCCUGAGGGAGAAGAGCCCUUCUAGCCGCGCUGCCAGAGUCCUUGGCAACCCCUCCCCAGGUGACAACCCGUGUGUCACCGGGUUGGGGGAAGCGGGGGUCGCCCCACACCUGCCCAUUCAUUCUUUCCGCGUCUGCUGUGAUCCUGGCGCCGCGGUGAAAAAUUACAGGAACCAAGUGUGCUUUAUCACCGUGGAGAUCUUGGAGAAUGGCCUGAGCACCAAGUCCAUGUAUAUAUUCUACCUCAGAGGCAUCUGCUGGACAACAAAAUCUCUCACAUGUGAACUUCAAUAGAGGCCCCCAGAUCUACCCUCACUUCUGAAGACCAGCCUGAAAGCCUUAAAACCAGUCAGGUGAUGGAUGAGUCAGACGAUGACUUUAAGGAACUCUGUGCCAGCUUUUUCCAAAGGGUUAAAAAGAAUGGCUCCAAGGAAGUGUCUGGGGAAAGGAAGACACAAAAGGCCUCCAACAGCACCCAGAUAAGAAGCAAACUGAAAAGGACCAAACCAGCUGCUUCCAAGAGCAAAACCCUGCAAGGCCCUGCUGAGAGGAAAACUCGAUCUGGCAGCCAGGCCCCACGGCCUCAAAAGCAGAGGGCACCCAAGUGGCCGGAGAGUGAACCAGCUCCCCCUGAGAAUGGGGAGGGAGGUGUGCAUGCUUCUGCUGUGCUCCAAGACAGCACGUGGAGCACCCAGACAGAGGCUGCUCCUGACAGCAACUCCCAGCCGCUUCCUUCCUGUCUGACUGUGAUGGUGCCAAGUCCCUCCAAACCCCGGGCAGCAGAGCUGGUCCUACAGCGGAUGCAGCAGUUCAAGAGAGCAGACCCCGAGCGUUUGAAACAUGCUUCUGAAGGGUGCUCCCUCGAGGCUGCGCUUGAAGAAAACGUCCCAAAGGGCCCUCAAGAGGAGAUGAUGGCGGGGAACGGGUCUGGGCUGGGGCUCCCGGCCAUGGAGAGCGACGCUGAGGUGGCCUUGGUCCUCCAGCGGGAGUUUGGGCAGGAACGGGCAUCUGCACGUGACGACAGCCUGGAGGAGAAGGGCUUGUUCUUCUGCCAGCUCUGUCAAAAGAACCUCUCGGCUAUGAAUGUGACGCGAAGGGAGCAGCAUGUGAACCGGUGCUUGGAUGAGGCUGAAAAGGCACUGAGACCUUCUGCACCUCAAAUCCCUGACUGCCCAAUUUGUGGCAAGCCAUUUCUCACCCCAAAGAGCAGAAUCAGUCACUUGAAACAGUGUGCGGUGAAGAUGGAGGUUGGCCCACAGCUCCUGCUCCAGGCCGUGCGGCUGCAGACAGCUCAGCCUGAGGGGGCUGGCAGCACACCGGCGCAGAGCCUCAGCAAUCAUAUUGGAGGUCUAAAGCGGAAGGGAGCCACCACCAAGAAGGAGCCACGGAAGAGGCGGAAGGUCGCCGAGCCUGAGGUGUCACCUGAGGACCUGCAGGUGGCCAUGGCUCUGUCCCGGUCCGAGAUGGAGCAGGAGGUUGUGCCGGCGGCGCUCAGACUGGGAAAUGUUUUUUCUGAGAGGAUGGGACUGGGAGCAGAGAAGAAGAGUCGCAAGAAGAAAGCACCUGCUUCCCCACCCCAGCUGUUAGUUCAGGACCGGGAGACCACAGGGAGACAGAUAGAGGAUCGCGUGGCCCAGCUCUUUGCAGAGGAGGUGGAGCUGUCCUGCACGCCGCCCCUUCCUGCCAGCAGAAUUUUAAAGGAGGAGCUAAAGAAGGGCAGCUGGUGUCUGCGACCGCCUGGAGGGAAGCAGAACUUUCUGUGGGAGGGCAGCGCCCUGACCGGGGCCUGGGCUCUGGAAUCCUUCUACACGGUCAGCCUGGUCCCCGCCAUGGCACCUCAGCGGCCCCCCGAGGAGCCCACGCGACCACCAGUGCUGCCUGAGAGGCCAGAGCUGGUGCAAACGCCACCUGCUGUCCACAGUGCCUGCCCUGCGGACCGCAGCCCUGGGAACCCGUUGCCCUCUGCCAGCCAGAGGGAGCAUCAGGCCCUGCAGGACCUCAUGGACCUGGCAAGAGAGGGGCUGAGUGCCAGCCAAUGGCCCUGCACCCAGGGCUCAGCCGGCUCUGGAGGGGCCCCAGGGAUGGACUUGCUGCCUGGUGGCCUUCCACUGACUGGGUUUGUCCUGCCAGCCAAGAAGUGCCCGGAGAUGGAUCACCAGGCUUCGCUCUCUCUUAGUUUGCUGGUGGCUGACUUCAGUGCCAUGGUCAAUAACCCCCACCUGAGUGACAUCCAGUUUCAGACGGACAGCGGGGAGGUGCUUUAUGCCCACAAGUUCGUGCUUUAUGCCCGAUGCCCACUUCUCAUGCAGUAUGUGAACAGUGAGGCCUUUUUCGCUGUGGAAGAUGGUGAUGUGAGGGCCCAGCGUGUCCUGCUGAGUGACAUCAGCGCUGCGGCUGCCCGCGCGUUCCUGUGUUAUCUCUACACUGCCGACACUGUCCUGCCUCCGCAGCUGGCCCCUGACCUGAGCUCUCUGGCCCACAGGUUUGGUGUGAGUGAGCUCGUUCACCUGUGCGAACAGGUGCCUGCGGCGAUGGAUUCGGAGGGCAGGCCGCGGGAGGAGCAGGAAGGUGAGGACUGUGAAAGCAGAGCGGAGACCUUCCAGGAGCUCCUGCGGGCAGUGUGGCUGGAGGAGGAGGAGGAAGCAGAGGCUCUGGUGAGAUCCGAGGACCAUGAAGAAGACAGAGAAAGAGUGAAUGAGGCAGAGAUGGAAGAAAUUUAUGAGUUUGCAGCUACUCAGCGAAAGCUUCUCCAGGGGGAGAAAGCUCCAGAGGUCGAGGGAGAAGCUGACCAGCUGGGGGAGGAUGGCCCAGUUUCUGGGGGAAUCUUCACAAGCGUUGAGGAUAAAGAACAGUCAGGAGACGAAGAACAGAUGGAAUCAUCUGGGCGAGGGAGAGAUGAGGCCCCAGCCAAAUGGAAAGACAUCAGACUGUCCGUUCCCCUGCCCGCUGGGGUCCAGGGCUGGGAUGGGGCAGAGCGGGCAGAGUCCCCGAAGGAAGGGCUGGACAGUCCCCGCUCUCCCAGCCCUGCACGGGGCCUGACAGAGAAGAAGGAGAGCACCUCUUUGUGCUCUGAACAGCCCUUCUCGUCAUUUCACGCCGGACACCCUGUACUGUCCCAGGUGACAGGUGAUCGCAAGGAAAGAAACGGCACCAUCUGGGAACCAGGAGUGGGGAGUUCCCCUCCCUCUCCUCGCCAGCAGGCAACCCCCUCACCCUCACACUCCUUCCUAUCACAGUCCCCUCCGGGCAGGAGUCCCCGCCAGCCACGCGCUUGCCCUCAUCACACCACUGACCUGUCCCCGCCAACCCACCAGUCACAGGGCACCGCUUCCAGGGUGGCCUCCCAGAACGCACCAGCAAAGCCAAAGAGGGCAAGGAGCCUUCCCACAUCACAUAAGGAGCCCAGCCAGAAAGGCAAGGAGUGUGGUUCUGUGUUGGCAUGCAGAGGUAAAGGGGUCCUGAUCUCCCCAGAAAAAUCUCCAUCCAUGGACAUAACCCAGUCAAAACCUGGCUGUUUGAGUUCCAGGUCUCAGAACUCUCCAUCUGGCGUGAACAGAGAAGAUGAGAUUAUCCUUUUAUUGGAUUCAGAUGAAGAGCUGGAGCUAGAGCAAACCAGAACAAAGUCACUUUUGAAUGGUCCCCCAGAAGAAAGGAAAGUUCUAGAAGUGAGCACCAAGUCCUCUGAGCUGUUUUCCAUCAUCGACGUUGAUGCGGAGCAGGAACCUUCCCAAAGCCCACCAGGAAGGGAGGCCAUGCUGCAGCGGGAGGUGGAGGGGCCAUCAAGGAACCGGGGCUUUGUUGGGGGCAGAGGGACCUCCCGGCUGUUCUGUGACCCUGAGAGCAGCCGCGGCGAGGACAGCACCACAGAUACGUCAUGGCUGGUGCCUGCCACCCCGCUGGCCAGCAGAAGCCGCAACUGCUCGUCGCAGACCCAGAUCAUGGGCCUCGGGUCCAGGCCCUCAGCAGAUCAAGUGGCCCCACCUAAGCCCAGGGCCCCGUUAGAGAACGGGGAUGUGCCAGAAGCCACAAAUAAGUUUUCAGUCAUUGUGCCCCAGAUGUCAUCGUCACGCUUGGGCCCCGUCACUCCUGGCAGCUCUGACAGUGGGAGGCAGGUGUGUAGAAGCCUGUCCAGUCUCCGUCCCAGACACCACCAGCACUUCUGUCCUCCAGCUCCCUGUCCCGUCUCAGGAGUCCUCACCGAUCUCACCGGGCAGCUCCAGAAGCGCCCGCCACCUGGCCCGAGCCAGGCGGCUCAGGCCACAGCCAGUGAAGUGGUGGAGGUGGAGGACAGUGAAGACGAGCAGGACGGGGCCCCCCAGCAGGCAAGCAGCAGCCCCCUGCUGGACGGUGACCCCCCGAUUCCAGUCGACGACUGGUGUUGGCACGUGGAGCCCCUCUCACCAAUUCCGAUUGACCACUUGAACCUUGAGCGGACCGGCCCCCUGAGCACCAGCAGCCCCGGCAGUAGGGCAGGGGGCGCCCCGGACAGUGGUGACUGCCACUCCCCAGCACUGCUGGGCACCACCCCCAUCCGAGGAAGUUGUACUGGCCUAAGAAAGGCUCAAGAGAAAUCCCCUGGGGCCGGCUCCCUUGGGAGCAGCAGGCUGAGCUUUCUGAAUUCAGCUCUGUGGGAAGACUGGGAUGGAGAGGAACGGAAGUCCCCAGAGGCUCUUCCUCUGGCCCAGAUGCCGGGUGCUGAUGGAGCUCAGAAAGCAGGAGAGUUUCAGACGCUGAAAGGUGCUAAUCGGAAGAAGAACUUGCCCCCCAAAGUGCCCAUAACCCCUAUGCCAAGGUAUUCCAUCAUGGAGACCCCAGUGCUGAAGAAGGAACUGGAUAGGUUUGGGGUCCGCCCUCUGCCCAAACGCCAGAUGGUCCUGAAACUGAAGGAGAUAUUCCAGUACACUCACCAGACGCUGGAAUCAGACUCUGAGGAUGAGAGCUGGUCCUCACACAUGCCCUUGGAGGCUCCUUGUAGCCAGUCUCACACCACCAAGACCUGCAAGGCUUCAAGGGCAGCUGGCCACACCCAGGUGGAGGCCACUUCUCGCCCUAUUCCCCAAAGGUCCAAGGGGCCUGCCAAGACCAAGGGCCCCCAGCAUCUAAAGCAGCAGCCUGGUGGAAGCAACCUGGCCCUGAGCGUGUCACCAGCCAAGGAGGUGCCUCCAGGCCCUGAUGGUGACACCCAGCUCCUGGCCUCCCAGGAAUCCACGGCCACCUCUGCGGACAGCAGUGACAGCUCCUGUAGCUCACAAAGUUCUUCCUGUGAGUUUGGAGCGGCCUUGGAGUCUGCAGGAGAAGACGAGGCAGGUGAGGAGGGGGUUAGCGCUUCGCAGGCGGCCGUCCAGGCAGUGGCCACAGAGGAGGCCGUGAGGCGUUACAUCCGCUCCCAGCCGGCCCUCUACCGCAAGGUCCUCCUGUACCAGCCCUUCGAGCUGGCAGAGCUGCAGGCCGAGCUGAAGCAGCAAGGCAUCUGCAUGGCCAUGGGGAAGCUGCUGGACUUCCUGGAUGCCCAUUGCAUCACCUUCACCACAGCUGCCGCCCGCAGGGAGAAACUGGAGAGGAAGAGACGGCGGCGUGUGGGCAAGAAGAAGCAGGGCAGGACCAGCAGGCCUGUGCCCCCCUCCCCAUCCCCGGCCAUCAGCAGCCUGAGGGUCUGCAGCCCCCUUCUUGAGCCUGGCCCCCGCGGGGUUUCCACUCCCCUAUGAAGUAAUGGUGGCACGCACCCAGAUUGGAUUCCUCCUGGCUUCUUUCCCUGGAGUGGUACUCCGAGGUGUCGCCCGCUGGAUUCAGGGCCCUGGCCCCUCCCUCCAUCUGUGCCCGCCGUGCAUCUUCUUUUAACCUCGUUGGGCCCUCAUUUAUUUCAGGAGGGUGGUAGGCUACCACCAGCUGGCCAGGGUGAGGCCUGAUUCGGCCGCGUCUUCCGCUGUCUCCGUCCACCUGCCACAGGUGUCUGUGUCCCGAGGUGGAUGUCCAGGUCCACAGUGUCCCACCUGUGUCUUCCUUCUCAGCACUUGGGCUGUAAUCCUGGCUCCACCAGCAGACCAGGUGUCUACAGGCCCCACACUGCCAGGCCCUAGGUGUUCUGCUGGCCCAGCCAUCCUGCCCAGACACCUGUCAUUGUCACCAGCAGUCUCCAAACGGGCCAGUGCAGAAGGCCCAGCACAACUCUGAAGCCCCCCAAAUAAGCACGUUGCUCAUUAACUGGUUCCAUUGGCCUGUGUUGUAGGUGCUGGUGGGGUGCAGGUGAGGGCCAGGAAAGAAGUUUAGGUCUCCUUGUCCCGGUGAAUGUCUCGUCCUGUUUUAAAUACCGUGCAGUCUGUUUGAUAUGAUGUGCAAUAAAAACAAAAAGGCUUUAUGAAAA